AAAUCAUCCGGACCUAAGGUUUCCGCUGUUUAUGUUCGAACAGAAACAGAGUACUUCAUUUCAAACAAUAAGAACUAAUCUUGAUGAUCUAAAACUUGUCUGAAAAAAGAAAUAGAGGUUGUUGAUUUAACAUGACUACAAAGCUAUUUAAGAUUCGCUAAACCAGAUGACAUCAACAACAUGAUAGAUUUUGGGGUAAGAAGUAGCACAUUACACUCUUUAACAUCAAAAGAUAACAAAUUUUAUAAAAUUCAAACAUAGAGUUACUUCUUCAAGCUUCCCCUGAUACCAGGUUUAGGUUUCGAUUCAGCUACUGGUGCUAAAACAGCAUGGAGAUUCACGAGCUUUGAUUCCUCAUAAAUGAUAUUAGGAUGCUUCGAUUCGUGAUGGAUCUGCAUCGUCUUAAGACCUGGAGCCGUAAUUUUGCAAUGAGGACACUCGUACUUAGCGUGGCCUCCUUUCUCUUUUCCGGUCCGAUCAGCGAUUCCAGCUUUUCCUCCGCCUCGAUUAGUCAACGCAGCAUCGAUCUUCGCUUGAAUCUCCUUCGCUGUAUGCUUCUUUGGCUUGGCCUUACCAGUCAUCUUCAAUGGCGGCUAAAAGGGAUGAAUUUGCCAGGAAGGGAGAAGCCCUAACCCUAACCCUAAUUUGUGCUCUACUCUUCUGAUUUAGGACGCGAGAGCCGAUAUGAAUAUAUAUACUAAUUUUAUUUUUAAAAAUGGAAAUAAUCUUAUCUGAUUUUGUUUUUUGGGGUGUUAUAGUGUGUGGAGAGGUGCAUGGUAAUGACUGUGGACCUAAAUAAAAUAAAACGCAGUAGGCAGAAACGCAUCAGUCAUCACCACAUGCGACACACCAACACCAAUGUCUGCUUCUUCUUUAUUUAAUCUCCCAUUGAUUCGCCUCAGAUCUCUCGCUCUUUCGUCUUCUUUUUCUUCUUUCCGAUUUGCCCAUCGUCCUCUGUCAUCGAUUUCACCGAGAAAGUUACCGAAUUUUCGUGCUUUCUCUGGUACCGCUAUGACAGAUACUAAAGAUGCUGGUAUGGAUGCUGUUCAGAGACGUCUCAUGUUUGAGGAUGAAUGCAUUCUUGUUGAUGAAACUGAUCGUGUUGUGGGGCAUGACAGCAAGUAUAAUUGUCAUCUGAUGGAAAAUAUUGAAGCCAAGAAUUUGCUGCACAGGGCUUUUAGUGUAUUUUUAUUCAACUCGAAGUAUGAGUUGCUUCUCCAGCAAAGGUCAAACACAAAGGUUACGUUCCCUCUAGUGUGGACUAACACUUGUUGCAGCCAUCCUCUUUACCGUGAAUCAGAGCUUAUCCAGGACAAUGCACUAGGUGUGAGGAAUGCUGCACAAAGAAAGCUUCUCGAUGAGCUUGGUAUUGUAGCUGAAGAUGUACCAGUCGAUGAGUUCACUCCCUUGGGACGUAUGCUGUACAAGGCUCCUUCUGAUGGCAAAUGGGGAGAGCAUGAACUUGAUUACUUGCUCUUCAUCGUGCGAGACGUGAAGGUUCAACCAAACCCAGAUGAAGUAGCUGAGAUCAAGUAUGUGAGCCGGGAAGAGCUGAAGGAGCUGGUGAAGAAAGCAGAUGCAGGUGAGGAAGGUUUGAAACUGUCACCAUGGUUCAGAUUGGUGGUGGACAAUUUCUUGAUGAAGUGGUGGGAUCAUGUUGAGAAAGGAACUUUGGUUGAAGCUAUAGACAUGAAAACCAUCCACAAACUCUGAACAUCUUUUUUUAAAGUUUUUAAAUCAAUCAACUUUCUCUUCAUCAUUUUUAUCUUUUCGAUGAUAAUAAUUUGGGAUAUGUGAGACACUUACAAAACUUCCAAGCACCUCAGGCAAUAAUAAAGUUUUCGUUUUUAUCUUAAUUAAUGAAUGAAUGUCACAAAGUUUGUGAGAUGU